AUGGACUCUACAGUACGAACCUUUCAAGUCUUUGGCCUUACCUCGAGCCUUGUCCUGGCGGGCAUAAACCUAGGCGCUUCACACCUCACAGUCCCUCUUCUCUACAACCAGCCUACCUCCAUUAAUACACCCUUCUUCAAAGACUUCUACAUCCGCGGGGCGGUUACUCUUGUGCCGCUCUCUCUGUUCUCAGGUGCAUCUUCUGGAAUAGUUGCUUAUCUUGUCCCGGCUCAACGUACACUCUGGGCAUUUGCUGCUAUCGCUACAGUGUCUCAGUUGCCCUGGACGGUGCUUGGGAUGAUGGCAACGAACAAUACACUCAACGAUAUCGCUACUAAUAGUAUUGAGCAGGAGAAAGUUGAUCGUGAUGAGGUUGUGGCUUUGUUGAAGAAGUGGAGAUGGAUGAAUAUCGUUCGGGGGCUUCUGGCCUUCACUGGAGGCUUGUCUGCUAUCCUGGCUCUUCAGAAUGAGUAG